AUAUUCCAUAUUUUGGGAAUGAGACUGUUAAAAUAGAAAACAAAAGAAAAUAUUCUUCAAUAUAUAAUCGAUUCGAUUAUAUUAUUGAAUACAAAAAGUUUAGAAAUGAUGAUGCGCUCCCUUGUGCUUUUGAGUGUCUUUGUUGUUCGGUAAAAAGAAUUUUUCAUAAGGGCUUGUAUGAAAAUUUUAUUAACCUUCGCUUUGACAUUAAAUUUAACUCUGAUGUUACUCUCAAACAAAUUGCUUACAUAACUGGAGAACAUAAUUCAAUCGAAGAAAGCAAUAGGAUCCAAUACUAUAACCAUAAUUUUAAAUCACAAGACAAAUUUCAAUUAACAGAUCGUAGGAUUGAAAAUAAUUUAGAUGUUGAUACAAUCGUAUAUCCUGAA